UUUGAAUAACUCGAAUCAACAGGCGGGCUACCUGGCAAGUCAAAAACUAAUUGCAUCCAAUCACAUCAAUUAUCAGAUAUGCUUAUCCUUCAUAUUCUCUUUCACUCGACUUAACAAUUCAUAUAUCAACGACUCUUUUCCCCAUUGGAUCACAAGCACAAGGAAAAUCAAUCUCUCUAUAUAUAAACAAAGCUCAAAGGUUUUUGCCUAGCCAACUCAAACUUUUGGUUUUUUCUCUUCAGGAAAACAGAAGCACCCAUACAUAUUCUUUUCUUUUUGUUCAUAAUUUGUUGUUUUUGAGGCUCACCCAACAAAUACUUAGGCUCUCUGGAGGUGGGUUUAUGGAAUUUUGAAGUCAUGCAGGAGGGAAAGCUUGAUGAUUUGAUCAGCAGCUUACCAUUUGAAAUACAGAAAAGAGUUGUUUCCUUGCUGCCAUUGAAGGAAGCAGUGAGAACAAGCACUCUUUCUACAUUUUGGAGAAGCUUCUGGUUUCCAAUUCAGCUAAGCUUGGAUUUUGAUCCAAACCCAUUAACCAAUGAAGGGCCUGGUCAAGAAAUCGAACAGGUUAUGGGCAUGUUCUUGAGGUCUUAUGCAUGUCCAGAAAAAUUGGAGCUCAAUCUCAAAGUCCUUGGCCAUAUCAAUAAAGAAUUGGUUGUCAAAGCUACCAAGGGGGGUGAGCAAGAGCUUCAUGUUGAGUUCUUUGAAACUCAGAAUGUUGCAUCAAAAACCUGUUUGUGCCUUCAUAGCAAUCCAGCCCAAAAAUCUAGUUUCUUCGGGGUCAAGCUUCUUCACCUCAGAUCAGUCACCCAUCUUUCCAAACCUUUGGUUUCUAUGCUGCUUUCAAAUUGUAAUGUUCUUGAAAGCUUGAGGCUUGUUAAAUGUAGAGAGUUGGAGAGCCUUGAAGUAGAGACAGAGAGUCUUCAGAGCUUGGUGGUGGAAGACUGUUCAGAUAUUUCUGCUAUUGUGGUUUCUGCUCCAAAUCUAAUAUCUUUUGAGUAUCAUGGCGCUCUUGCUCAGAUUGAGAUAAAGAAUACAGUGAGCUUGGUUGAUGUUGUGCUCGAUUUGAGAGAUGGACCAGGAAGCAGUGAGUUUGAUUGUGAGGAUGUCUUGCCCAUCCUAGCUUCUCUCAAGGAUGUUGAGGUUCUCACCGUAAGUGGCUGGCUUCUUGAGUGGUUGUGUUCGGCGGGAGUGAUAUUUGAGCGGCUUGAGUUCAAGUUCAACAAACUAAAGGAGUUGAGUUGCAUUGAUUCUGUUAUCAGUAAGGACAAAAGGGAUUCUCUUGCCUGCUUCCUAAACUCAUGUCCUUCCUUGAUGAAGUUGUCCGUCGAGAUUGAGAGCAAGCUGAACUUCAUCCCCAGUCCGUGCUUCCAUCAAUACUGGCAUGAACCUCACCUCUGGAUGGACUUCACGACUGUAAAGACAAAUACUUCGAAUCUUGAACAGCUCAAAAGUGUCGACUUGGUUGGCUUCGUCGGCAAAGAAGACGAAUUGCUACUAAUGGAUCUCUUACUUGAGAAGGCAAUUAAUCUCAACUCGUUGACUCUUGUGUAAUCAACAUUCUCUGUAACUUUGAUCAUGGCAAACUGUAAAAAAUCCCCUGGAGUCAUAGAAUAUAUUAGUCCUUUUCUCCUUUCGUACAA